AUGAUUCGAGAGGAGGAAGAAGAACAGAAGAUGGGUUUGCUCAGUAAGAAAGAUUCUGAUGAUGAGCAUGGCUAUGGCUGGUCUCCGCUCGAUACGUUGGCGGAGGCAGCUUGUUUUAUUGCUGGCCAGAAAACGAAGGAAGAAAUUUUGGUACCUCCAAAGAAACGCUUCUCCAACUUCAACUUCUUGAAUGAUACGUCUGCUGGCCCUAGCAAUAUGUCUACUACUCCAAAAGAAGAAAACGGGCUCAUCAUAAGAGGAGAAGAAGAAGUCUCUCACUGCCCCAUCGAACAAGUCACAAAUUUACUUGAGGAAUAUCUAAUACUGAACUACCCUAAGAAACUAAGGUCGUCAUGUAAAAGUAUCACCAUAUUCGGCCAAAAGCUAAGCUGUGCUAAGAAGAAGAGAGCUAGCUUUUCCGACAUGGUAUCGGGCUUGAACGUGAAGAAAGACAUUAAGAUGAAAAAGAGGAGGGUGGUGGUGGCGGCAAAGAACAAGGGUAAGAAGGUCAAAUUCGACAACGACUUGCCUCCCCCUAACUUGCCUGAAGAAUUCAAGAGUUUGAUUGGAAAUAUGAACGGGACAAAUGUGCAAAGGUUGGUGCACAAGAGUUUGUUUGAGAGUGACAUAAAGAGCCAGCAAUGCAGGCUGCUGCUGCCUCGGCAGCAAACCAAAUCCACGACUUUCCUUGAACCCCAUGAGAAGUAUAUGCUAAGAAAUUAUGGGUUCCUUACAGUUCCAUUGAUAGACCCAAAGCUUAAGCAACAAGAAAUAAACUUGGGGUUGUGGAAUCCAAACAAAGCAAAGGAAUUCUAUGUGUUAAAAUCUCCCUGGAAACGCAUUGUGAGUGAGCAUGGACUAGACGUAGAUGAUGUGGUGGAGCUUUGGUCAUUCCGGGUUAAUCAUAACAACAAUGAGAUUAAUGGUGGCUACGACAACGGCGGUCAGCUUCAUUUUGCUCUUGUUUUGGUUGGGGAUGCUAUUAAAAAGGGAAGUGACAAAGAGGGUACUACUAGUUCUGCUAAUGAUGAAGGUAGUAGUAGUGUGAGCAACAAUUUAAUGGAUCAAUCUCUCCCGCCAAUAUCCCCCCCUGAAAAUCUUAUUAUUAAACUGAAAACUCCACUCCCGAUGCACAAUAGCAACCCCGGUGCACGAACACCCACAUCAUCAUCAUCAUCAUCAUCACUUUGUUAUAGAAGAGCUUGCGCUGGUAAAACAAAAAGAAGAGUAGGAAAAGGAAGAAGAAGCAACCCAGAUGACAACCAUGCCACUCUCACUGCUCUCAACUCCAAAGGCCGAUUCCCUAGAAAAUCCCUCGGCCAGCAUUAUAUGUUGGACUCUGAGAUCAACGAGCAGCUCACUGCUGCGGCCAAUGUUGGAGAAGGUGAUGUGGGGUUAGAAAUUGGGCCAGGAACAGGUUCUUUGACAAAUGUUCUUAUUAGUGCCGGUGCAUUUGUGCUCGCAGUUGAAAAGGAUCCACACAUGGCUACUCUUGUGAGUGAAAGAUUUGCAGAGACUGAACGGUUCAAGGUUUUGAAAGAGGACUUUGUCAAAUGUCACAUUCACUCACAUAUGUCAUCACUUUUGGGAAGUAUAGAGCAAUCUGGUGCAAAUUCAAGAUAUACAAAAGUAGUCGCUAAUAUACCCUUUAAUAUAAGUACCAAUGUAGUGAAACAACUUCUUCCAAUGGGUGACAUCUUUUCUGAUGUAGUUCUCUUACUCCAGGAGGAGACCGCUUUGCGCUUGGUAGAAUCAUCUUUGCGGACAUCUGAGUACCGCCCCAUCAAUAUCUUAGUCAAUUUCUAUUCAGAUCCUGAAUUCAUAAUUAAGGUUCCAAGGACAAACUUUUUUCCUCAGCCUAAUGUUGAUGCUGCUGUUGUUAAAUUUAAGCUGAAGCAACCUGCACACUACCCCCCAGUGUCCUCGACUAAAAGCUUCUUCUCAAUGGUCAAUUAUGCUUUUAAUGGGAAACGCAAGAUGUUGAGGAGAUCACUUCAGCACAUAUGCACGCCCCUGGAGAUUGAAAAUGCUUUAGGAAAUGUUGGUCGUCCUUCCACGUCAAGACCAGAAGAGCUCUCCAUGGAUGAUUUUGUGAAGUUGCAUAAUUUGAUUGUGAAAGUAUAA